GGGGGAUGAGUUAGCUGAGACACUCACCCCUGCUCCAACCAGACAUGCACAGGCUGCGGCUCAGGCCACAGCACACAAUAGGAUCUAUUUCUGUAAAUGCACCAGGGUUAUCGCUCCACUUAAACUAUCUCUCGCUUGCUCGGCCAUUUGCACAAAAUCAUGGCGGACAGAAACAGCCGGUUCAGUGCUAAGAAGAAAGACAAGAAGGUGGAAAACCAAACGAACGACGACAAGGAGAAAGUUGUGAAAAAGCCCGAUAAGGCUGCGAAGACGCCGGAGAAGACGUCUGAGAAGACGCCGGAGAAGACCUCGGAGCAGCCCGAGCAGAAGAGGAACGGGGAAGGUGGAGGAGCAACGGGAGGGGAGGCGGGGAACAGUGAAGAAAAUGGACAGUUUCAGCCCAUUGAGCUGCCACCAUUUGAGAUCGUCACAGGGGAACAGAUGAGCCCGUUCUACUUCAAGUUUCAGUUCAGGAACGUCGAGUACUCGUCAGGGAGGAACAAAACCCUACUGUGCUUCAGAGUGGACACAGCAGGAGGCAGCGUAGAUCCUCUAACAGGUUACAUGGAGGAUGAACACGCCACAGCUCACGUUGAACAGGCCUUCUUUCAACAGAUUCUCACCAACCCUGCCCAGGAGUAUGACAUCACAUGGUAUGUGUCAUCCAGCCCCUGUGUGGAUUGUGCAGCCAAGCUGACCAGCAUCCUCCGUCUGCACAAAAAGCUCCGUCUUAGCAUAUUCUGCUCCCGUCUCUUCGAGUGGGAGGAGCCGGCGGUCGUAGAGGGGCUCCGGGCUCUGGCGAGCGCCGGCUGCAAACUGAGGAUGAUGAAGCCGUCCGACUUUGUCCGGGUUUGGGAGACGUAUGUGGAGAAGGAGGAGGAGGAUCAGAGCUUUACACCCUGGGAGGACUGUCAAGAAAACUAUGAGUACUAUGUGGAGAAACUGUCUGAGAUCCUCAAAUAGAUGUGCACAAGACCUCUGCACUGACUGAACCACAGAUCAUGCUACUUGGGAUAUUUCCAUGUGUUUUUGCAGUCACACUUCAUGGUGCAUUUCAUUAUUAGUCUAAUUAAACACUUGUGGCAACA